AUGGGUCGCCCAAAGGGUAAGCGCAAGCUGCCAAGGAACGCCGACGGCACGAUUCGGAAGGCCCCUUCGCCCCCUGCGGACCCUGCUGUAGGCAACGACUCUCCUCCCUCUUCCGACCAUGAAGGCGCCAAUAUUUCUCCCAUGCACACCAACGACCACGACGACGACUGGCGCGAUGAGGAUGCGGGUGGCGAGCCAGGUCGCGGGCAGGCGAAACUGCCGUUCGGUUCUGCGGUUCGCUCUGCAGCGAGCGCUGCGGUGUCUGCAGCAGCUCGCACAGCAAUGGCGGUGGCGCCCGAAGUCGCGCCGCCUGCGCGAAAAAACGCGGUGCAACCUCUCCACCGGUCGACGCAGCAUCGCCACAGGCGAGCGCGGUGGAGCAAGGAGGACGCCGGGAUGGCGGGGAGCUUGGCAGCAUGGCUGAAGCCCCCAGCUCAGCAGCAGGAAGGGCAGCAUGGUUCGCCUCAAAUUAUGGAGACUGAAGGUGCGGUGGAGAUGGAUGUUGAGGUGGGAGUUGUUGGUGCGGACAGCAGUGAUCAUGAUGCCGAGAAGAUCUGCAGCCCGCAAGAAGAACAUGACCGCACCAGCCGUGGCGACAGCAGCGAGAGCGAGACCGACAUGCUGGUAUGUUCGGGUGUUGGUGUUCCGCUGGAAGAUUGGUUUGGUGAGGAUGACCAGGCUCGGGCUGCAGAGCUUCUUUAUUCCAGCGGCGAGGACAGUUUUCUCGACGCACUAGACGCAAGCCGCGACCGCUCUCGCGGCCCCGGCGAACUUGACGGAGAGAGCGGCGACAAGGCUGAUGAUGAUGUUCAGCCUCAGGACACCGGCGAAGCAGAAGCUGUGGGAGACACCGGCGAAACAGCAGCUGUGGGAGGAGCCGGGCACGCAGCCUCUAGCGGUACAAGUGGUGAGACCGUCCGAAAAAGUUCGAGGACGAACCUUUUCGACGGGCUGUACGCCGACCCCGCCCGCGCACGAGACGGGGCACGCAGCCGAUGCAGUGGGCCUGGGCGAGGAACACGGGUGGCGUCGGGGGAUGCAGCCAAGGGGAGGUUUGCGGGGUUGAACAAAAAACGAUUGAAGCACAGAAGGCGCGAGGAGAGGAAGAAGACACCGGAACAACGAGCGCGAGAGCGAGAAGCGCGAGAGCGAGCGCGAGAGCGAACGCGAGAGCGAGCACUCAAAGCGCAGAGAAGGCGGGAGAACACGCCGCGAGAGAAGGAGCUCUUGGACAUCUACCAGAAAGUGGUGGACGCUAUCGACAAGGCGGAGCAGUCCAACAGCUACAGCGGUUUUGUGGAGGACCCGACGGAAAUAAAUGCUGACGGAAUCUCGUCUCCCGUCCAUCAUGCGUACCGCCUUGGUGAUUCGGGCGUACGCUGUCCUCGAACCAACAAGUACGUCAACUUAUGUGCCGAAGAGACCAACCCGUCCCCGCUUCAGCAGCCCCGGCAUCGAAAGAAGAAGACCAGGACGGGGUUGUCGUACGUGUCUUCGGAGGACCGUCCUGACGGAUCCAAAGUCUACGGGUUUCACCGGAAGCACCUGUACGGAGUGAUGGGCAUCCUUAUCUCUGCGGGGAUCACUCAGAAGCGUAGGCUGACGGACCACUGGGGAGUAGGGGACCACGCCAACUACCCUCUUGUCCGAAAGUGCAUGCCUCGCGACCUCUUCACGCUCUUCUACUGCCGGUUCUUCCACAUGGCUCCAGUCAUCGAGGCUCUCUCCAAGACGCAUCCAGAGUACGAUUCCAAGCAUCACAUCAGAGCAUUCGAAGACGCACUGAACACAUGCUAGAGCUCUCUUGUGGAACUUGGAGGAUGGGUGUCGUAUAACGAGCAGAUGGUGAAGAGCACGGCGAGAGCUAUGCACGGGCUGAUGAGAUUCAACCUUCAGAAGCCCGUCAAACACGAUGGUGAAGAGCACGGCGAGAGCUAUGCACGGGCUGAUGAGAUUCAACCUUCAGAAGCCCGUCAAACACGGGAUUCCUGCGAGGUGUUUAGCAACAAGAUCAACAACUCCGGAGUCACCGUCGCCAUGGACAACUAUUUCACCAGUGCUGCUGCUGUCGCUAGCUUCCCGCGACAUUUUUGCCGUGGGUACGCUGCGCGGCAAGCGCUCGGGUUUGGACGGCGCGAUGGAGCUCUGGCAGAACAACGAGGAAUCCACCAAGGAGAAGGGAGACAUGAUCUUCGCCCGCAGCAACGACAUCGUCAUCAUCGAGUGGGUGGACUCCAAGACAGUACAUCUCAUGUCAACCAAGCACGUCUUCGAGGAGGAUUGGAACCCGCUUCUGUACACGAAGCGCGCUGCGCUCAACGACGGAAACAGCGUGUCGAGCCUCCAACCACUAGCUCGUCUGGACUACGUCGUCAGUAUGGGUGGCGUAGACGUUGCCGACCAACGCCUCAUGGCCCACCAGCAUGGUCACAAGCUGAAGACGAACUUUUGGCGGCGUGUUUUUGACCAAAACUUCGCUCAGGCUAUCAGCAACGCCUAUCUUCUGUAUGCGGCGUGGGCAGGCAUCUUGACCACCCAGUGCGCGGCGGCGGUGGUGGUGGCUCCCGAGUCCGACGAGGGUGUGGUGGGUGCGGCGGCCUCGGGGAAUGCGGCGGGCGCGGC